UCCUGCCUCUGGCACUCUGCUGGCCCUCCCUGGCGAUGCCCACGUGGGCAUGGGGGUGGGCAUGGGGGUCGAGGAGGAGGAGGAGAACUUGGGGGUUGACCCCGCGUCUUGGAGCGACUACCUUAACACCCUCUUUGACCCCGUGUUUGACCCCGGCGUGACCUCUAAUGUGUCAGCCGUGGAGGGCCAGACCGCCCACCUGGUGUGUAGGGUCAAUAACCUCGGCACUAAGACGGUGUCGUGGAUCAGACAUCGUGACACCCACAUCCUGACGGUGGGUUCCUUCACCUACACCAGCGACCACAGGUUCUCCGCUCUUCACCGUGAAGGAACCAACGAGUGGACGCUGCAGAUACGACACCCAGUUGUUGAUGACACCGGCCUCUACGAGUGCCAGGUGUCAACCAAGCCCAUACGAGCCUACCUGGUCAGUCUGGAGGUUGUGGGUAAGUGUCAACCAGGCCCAUACGAGCCUACCUGGUCAGUCUGGAGGUUGUGGGUAAGUGUCAACCAGGCCCAUACGGCCCUACCUGGUCAGUCUGGAGGUUGUGGGUAAGUGUCAACCAGGCCCAUACCAGCCUACCUGGUCAGUCUGGAGGUUGUGGGUAAGUGUCAACCAGGCCCAUACGAGCCUACCUGGUCAGUCUGGAGGUUGUGGGUAAGUGUCAACCAGGCCCAUAGGAGCCUACCUGGUCAGUCUGGAGGUUGUGGGUAAGUGUCAAC